GACAAAGGGUCUUUAGCACGAGCGCACUGAUGCGGAAUAUUGGUUCAGUGUACAGUCAGCCACAUGUUUCAAAUUCAGAGAAUGGCUGAGGAACGUUUAUGGUUUAUAUUUCUGUGGACGUCCAUCUUAGCCACACAAGCUGGCCCCGCCGGAAGGAACUAUUUUAACGCUCUCGAUAUUCGAAAGUUUUAUAGAACUAGACAUCCAAUAUGGUGCUUGCAGACGACAGAAAGGACGCAAUACACCUGCAAAGUAGACGUAACAAGAAUUAUAACGCGUGAUUACGUCAUAUUUAGUAGACUUUAUUAUUGGUACAUUGCCAAAGUCAACAACACCCUGGAAGGAGUAUUCCAGACUGGUGAGAAGAAGGCAACAAACCCAGACAGAAUGAUGGUCCACUUUCCAAAGAUCAUGUUCACAGAAACAGAACAAGUCCAGUAUGAGAGCAGCGACAGCCACUGUGGGGUCUUUUUAAUUUCUUCAAUUGCUGGAAGUACGUAUGCAUCAUUUGAUAAAACCAGCAAAACAUCUUGAGCUUCGUGUUUGGAAUGUUUCUGUUCACCGUGUCGACAGGAAGUGCCUUGCAUAUUUUCAUUUCAUGGCUCACAAGACAAGACAGCUAUACAAAGUACUUUAUAAUAAUACGUGUCAAAGAAUAAUACAGUGAAAAUAAAUUUCUGCCCUAUCCGUCCCAUUUCA